UACCCGGCGGAUAAUUUCAUUAAAAGUGUAGCAAUCUAUUGGGCAAAUAAAUUACUUUUAUUGCGCCACAUAAAUUACAGACAGUCGAUGUCAUAAAAAAGUGUGCGCCAUAACUGUCUUCGUUUAUCUGGCUACGUUUGAGAACUGUGCUGUGUUUGUGAUGUUGGCCAUAAAAGGCGGCGUCGCCGAUACUAUACGUAGUGGGGAUGGGGUGGGCCCAUAAAAUGGAGUUAUUUCUCUGCCGCGACAAGAUGCUUUUGACUCUGUACUUCGCGCUGCUUCUCUGGAGGAUCGACUACGUAGUCGAAAGCACGAAAGUGGUGAAAAGCAGUAUCCGCCACCAAACAACGUCGCCCCUCAGCCGAGUGGGCCCAACGGUGUCGCUACGCGAUGCGGAGCCCGACUUCGCUGGGCCCAUUGAGAAUGUCACUGUCGCUAUCGGCAGGGAGGCAGUGCUCACUUGCUCAGUGCGCGACUUGGGGGACUUUAAGGUGGCGUGGAUUCGCGCAGACGACCAGACCAUCUUAACUCUGCACACGCGGCUGGUCACUCACAGCUCUCGGUACGCGGUCACUAACGACUCCCCGGGUUCCUGGCAGCUGCACAUCAGACCGCUGAAGGUCGAGGACCGCGGAUGCUAUAUGUGCCAGAUUAAUACUAGCACGAUGAAGAAGAUGAUUGGAUGCGUCGAUGUUUUAGUUCCACCAAACAUCGUCGACGAAGGCACCAGCGGCGACCUGGUGGCAAGAGAAGGAGAUGAUGUAAGCCUCUCCUGUAAUGCCGAAGGCCGGCCUCACCCACGCAUACUGUGGCGACGGGAAGACGGCACCAACAUCCAACUACGGGAUGAGACGGGGGAGCUACAUAAAGUGGACAUGUUCAUGGGCCCCAAUCUGAACCUUACGAAGGUAGAGCGGCGACAGAUGGGAGCGUACCUCUGCAUCGCGUCCAAUGACGUCCCGCCAUCGGUGUCCAAACGCAUCAUGCUUAAUGUUAAUUUUGCCCCUUCAAUAGUGGUAGCGACAAAGGUAAUAGGAGUGCCUACUGGGUCUCAAACGAGGCUCGAGUGCUUCGUCGAGGCCUACCCGCAGGCCAUAAACUAUUGGCUGAAGAGCGGACAGGAAAUGAUACUUUCGGGAGGGCGCCACAAUCUCAGUGAUGAUCGCGCCCUGCCAUACCAGACGCGAAUGGUGCUCAACAUCUCAGACUUCUGUGGCGAAGACGCGGGUACAUACACAUGCGUGUCUACCAAUACCAUGGGGAAAACUGAGGGCACUAUCAGACUUUAUGAAAUUAAAAUAACAACAACAACAACCACGACGACGACAACAACAACAACGACGACAACGACAACAACAACAACGACCACGCCUCCGCCGCCGACUACCACGGAAUACUUCCCGUCUCGAUUCGUAGUACCUUUGCAGCCGGCGGAACAGAAGCAUACUCAAGGGCAAGACGCCACCACUUACGAUACAAUGCAAAACGUCAUCGAGCAGUCCGUCCUAGACAACAACUGGCUGCCGACGGCCGAGUCCACGGGCUCCAAAGCCCACCAGGCCCUACCGCUUCCUCUUCUAGCCGCUGCCCUAGUGCUUCCUCACUUCAACUGUAUCGUAUAUACCCUCCAAUCAUUAUACUCGCUCGUUAGAACUAAACAGCAACUCCAUACAAGAUGAUAAGAUUAAAGCCGUUUGGAAAUCAGUGUCAAUUUAACAUUUUACACCAUAGAUAGUUGUUGUUUAAAUAGAUAUUAAUAUAUUGGUGAUUCCAUGUAAACGUGACGUUUGUGUCCAUUUUAUUGCGUAUUAAUUUAUGACGCGGAUGUUUAUAUUAAUUUAUUUCACAUGUGUGUUACUUUUAUCUCUCGCCAAUGCAUGAAUUUUUGGACGAUUAAUUGUGAAUAAGCAAGUUUUUGGUCACAUUCGUUACGCUCUGCCGUGGAAUUGCACAUCUGGAUUUUUUGCCGAUAUUUAAUGUCUGUAUUUUGCGUGUCAUUUGCAAAAACAUCCGAUUUUAUAUCGAUAUCCAACUUAACCAUGUUAACGUUUUUUUUUUUAAUAACAAUGCCACUGACAGUGUGUUUAACAUUCAUGAUUUAAGCAUAAAAUAUUUAGUUUUUUCGUAUUCGAGGUGUAUCAUAUUUCUAGAAUAUCAGUAUCAAAAGUAACGUUCCUUCUAAUAAAAUCGUCACUUGGCAAUUUGUUAGCAGUGACAUGUCCAAUACAGAUCGUAGCUCAAAAUUAAUUGACUUGUAUAAUUUUUGUAUCAGUUCUUCAAAAGAAGUUAUAGGUGUGACAGAAUAGGCUAGUUUCCUACUAGUCAAAUCAGCUUCUUUUUAUGAACUGUCAAAACGAUUUGUUAAUAUGGAAUUACUAUGAAAUACUGUGGA